CCCCCGGAUGAGGAGCCGUCCGCUACGUGUUCUGUUUUAUUUAUCAUGACAGUGAGGAGUACAGAUGAAAUAAGGUGGAAGGUGCUCGCUGCUUCUUAGCCUCGGUCUUGUUGCGUUUAACCUGCAUGUCGCACGCAAUGGAGGGGGAAAUGAACGGAAAUGUCUGUGAAGCUGUUGCCAGUGACAGGACUGACCCCUAUGGAUUUGAGAGGCCCCAGGACUUUGACUCCUACAAGGAGAUGAUGAAUGAGUAUGUAGUUGUCCUCAACAGAAGGUCCAUGAGAUGGUCCAAACUCCUGCAAGGGAAGGCUAAUGUGGAGAGGAACGUCACAGUGAAGCGGUAUGUGCGUAAAGGCGUGCCGCAUGAGCAUCGUGCCAGAAUCUGGAUGGAAAUCAGUGGUGCCCAGGAACAACUGGAGAGACACCCAGGGUACUAUCAGUCUCUGCUAGCUGUGGAGCGUGACACCAGGCUGGAGGAGACCAUUAACGCAGACAUGCACAGGACCUUUCCUGACAACAUAUUUUUCAAGAACAAUGCAGAGUCAUGCCUGCAGGGGUCCCUGUACAACGUGCUGCUGGCCUAUGGGCACCAUAAUAAAGAAGUGGGAUACUGUCAGGGCAUGAAUUUCAUUGCAGGUUACCUUAUAAUAAUUACCAAAGAUGAAGAGAAAUCCUUCUGGCUCAUGGAUGCAUUAUUAGGCAAAAUACUCCCAGACUACUACAGCCCGGCCAUGCUGGGGCUGAAGGUGGACCAGGAGGUUCUUGGGGAGCUGGUGAAGGCCAAAGCCCCUGCGGUUGGCCAGCUCAUGGCUCAGUACCCCGGCAUAUGGACCCUGGUGGUCUCCCGCUGGUUCAUCUGCCUCUACAUUGACAUCCUCCCCAUAGAGACAGUCCUGCGGAUCUGGGACUGUCUCUUGUACGAGGGUUCGAAGGUGCUCUUCCGUGUUGCUCUGACUCUGAUCCGGCACCACCAGCCUGAGAUCCUCAGAGCCCGCUCACUGCCUGACGUCUGCGAGUGCUUCAAACAGAUCACCCGUGGAGCUUUCACCAUGGACUGCCACACCUUCAUGCAGAAAAUUUUUGCAGAACCUGGAAGUCUGUCCAUGGCAACUAUCAGUAAGCUGAGAGAGACAUGCCGGCAAAGAGUCAUGGAGGAGGAAUCUAGACGACCAUGAGGUUUUGGGUUCGAUAUUUUUUCCACUCCCGUGCUGUGAUGGACUUAUCACUAACAGCUUCCCGUCAUUAUGAGAAAGUGACACUGCAUAAUCAGGUACAGGGAGCUUUCAUACAACCAAAUGACCAUUCUGGUACCUUUGUGGACACUUUCAUGAUUGAUAAGCUAUUAAUACUGUGAACCUGCACAGUAAACUGCGCAUAUCUGAAUAUGGGAAAGUGCUGAAGCUUGUUAAUUUACUCAAAAGUUACCUUUCGGUGUCCUCUAUCUUUUAGGGUCCGCAAUGUCUAUGGUGCUAUGGAUUAGUGCUCCUGUUUCAAGUUUCAUAAGACCUUAAGCCUCACUGUCUCUCAUGUUUGUAGUAUUUGCAAAUUUGGUGUAGUUGUUUUCGGGAUAAGAGGAUUUAUUUUGUUAAAACAGAGAAUGAUGGAUGGAUACUGAAAAUAAAUGUUGUUCUCCAAGAUGUCUAUCAUAGAUCUGA